AUGCUGGGUCAAACUGUUGAGCAUUUGUGGCGCAAGUUGAAGUGUAAAUUGUCAAUCCCACAACUUUCAACCGGUUUAUUUUCGUCCCCUCCCCCCACCCCAUCCCACGCAACCAAAAAAAACACCCCACGAUUUUUUUUACGUUCCGUCCACCACCUCCCUUCCGUUGGUUUUACCGUCGCGACAGAACCCGUGGACUCCCCCUGUCAAUCCCUCGCUAGCCCUACCUCGUCUCCCGUCUCCAGUCGCAGCCGCCGCCACACCUGCCGGCCCCUGCGCAGCACACCCACGCCGCCACACCUGCCGACCCCUGCGCAGCACACCCACCCCUGCGCUCGGCCACAGCGGCGGCGGCGGCGGCCGCGGUCCGGCUCCAGCGCGCCGGCGGCCGCGACGGAGGCCCCGGAGGCGGUCGUCGGGGCGGGCGGCGCGAGGUGGGAGCCGAUGGGCACGCGGGAGUACUACGAAUACCGGCGGGCCAUCUACGGCGACAUCACGCACAAGGCCAUCCUCGUCGACGCCGCCGGCACCCUCCUCGCCCCCACCGAGCCCAUGGCCCAGGUGUACAGAACAGUAGGCGAUAAGUAUGGGGUGAAGUACUCGGAGGAUGAUAUCUUGAUGAGGACCUCGAGGCCUCGGAGAGCCCCUCCGAACAAGACGCUCACGGGAGCUCUGCCUUGAUGGGGAAAGCAGCGGAGUUGGUGCAGUGGCGAAUGUGGGCGGGUCGGCCGUGGAGGGAGACUUGCUGGUCGGAGCAGCAGGAGCAAGAAGAUUGAGGCGGUUCAGGGCAAGACAAGA